AAGAUGCAAAUAAGACAGCAAUUGGCCUGCUAGAGGCUGUUGGAUCAUUGGCCCACCAAGAGAGUUAUGAACACAGCUACCCUUAUGACUGGAGGACCAAGAAACCUAUCAUUAUCAGAGCCAGUAAUCAGUGGUUCAUUGACACAGCAUCCAUAAGGGACAGAUCUAUGCAUUGUGUUGAUGAAGUGAAUAUUUUACCAAAUCACGGCAACAACAGCAUGAAAGCACAGCUUGCUGGUCGCACGUUCUGGUGCAUAUCGCGGCAGAGGGUAUGGGGCGUACCGAUCCCGGUGUUUUACGAUGAAGUUGAUGAUCAACCACUUCUUACACGAGAUUCCGUGAAUCAUGUUGUCAGUUUGAUAAAAGAACACGGAUCAGAUUGUUGGUGGGACAAGCCGAUGAAUGAUCUCCUUCCAAAAUCAGUCAUUGAAAAGGUAACACUAAGCAUUGUUACUCGUGUAUAUUUUAUUGCAUUAAAAUACUAG